CCUAACUGUCUCCUACAGUCCUACUAGUUCACUCGUCACCGGCAGACCAUCGUCCAUUCGUCCCUGCGUCGAAGCCACAACUCAGAUAUGUCUUCCAUUGACGACGAAAGCUCGAACUUAAGGGACAAGAACAGCCCAGAAAACACUUCAGGUGGAAGCUCCAAAGAUAAAGAGAAGAACAUGGAAGACGUAGACUUGCAUGAUAUUCCAGAACUGGAAUGGAUCGAAAAGACAGCAGCUGGCUCCAGCAGAGAUGUGAAGAAGAAAAUUGUACGUCAAGGUGUGGCAGAUGGUGUUGCUGUGGGAGUGUUACACGCUGAUGAUGUUAUUCGGGGAUUAUAUUGUGCCGACGUUGAUUUGGAGGGGAUUACCGGGGAUGUCACUGUGACAUAUUUGUUAGGUAAGGUUUGUGUGAUUGCCGUGAAGGGCUCAGUCGAUGUGUUCACUGUAAAAGGGGACAUAUCGAUUGAAGCUGUGAAGGGGGAUGUCGAAAUUGAUGGUGUGGUUGGGGAUAUCACUAUCAAAUGCGUCAAUGGCGAUGUUAUGAUCAGAAAUGUCAAGGGUAAUAUUACACUGGGUUAUGUUGCAGGUAGUGUUUUUGUAGAUACUGCAUUAGGUACUGUUCUUGUUGAAGCUGUGAAGGUUGAUGUUGACCUAUAUAGUGUGUAUAAAGAUGCCAAGGUGAGGAUGGUUAAAGGUGAUGCCGGACUCUAUGGCGUGGGAGGUGAUGGGAUUCUAGAAGACAUAAAAGCUGAGACCAUUAUGCGAGAUGUGAUAGGUGUUAUGAUGUUGAACAAUCGUGUUAUAGAGAAAACCAUGCCUGUCAAUCCAUCACUGACAACUAGCAUCAAGGAGAAGUUAGAGAGAGUCCUGGCAAGGGUUUUGAAUUCGUGAUAAGCAGAACCACAAAGUCCAAGAAAAUGAAGAAAUGAAGUUUGUUUUUCUUCUUUUUGUUUUUCUUUUGGCAGAAACAUUGUGUAUGACUUUGAAAUGAGGUUGAAAAGUAAUUGACACUACAGGAUUUUUACAUCUAUUAUUUUC